CGCCCCUCCAUUUCUGUAUGAAGCCGAUUUUGUGAGUUUUAUAUAGGAAUUUUAUAGUUUUUGUUUACUACUAAUUUAUUUCCUUCAGACCUAGAUAGUUGUUGGUCUUCAUUCACGAUGUCUCAAUGGGGUUUCGUUACCUGUGGCCCAAAUGAAGCACUUGUGGUUUCUGGAUGUUGCUACUCCAAACCCCUGCUAGUUCCGGGGGGGCGCACCUUUGUCUGGCCUUGUAUCCAGCAAGUUCAGAGGAUAUCACUGAACACCAUGACGCUGCAGGUGGAAUCGCCAACUGUGUACACGAGUCAGGGCGUCCCUAUCUCUGUGACGGGCAUCGCGCAGGUCAAGAUCCAAGGUCAAAAUGCAGAGAUGUUGAUGUCAGCUUGCGAAGUGUUUCUGGGAAAAUCUGAGCAGGAGAUUCAGAAUAUAGCCCUUGAGACCCUUGAAGGACACCAGCGAGCUAUCAUGGGCUCCAUGACAGUUGAAGAGAUUUACAAGGACAGAAAGAUAUUCUCUAAAAAGGUCUUUGAGGUGGCUUCAAGCGAUCUGAUCAACAUGGGCGUCACAGUUGUGUCUUACACACUUAAAGACGUCAGAGACGACGAGGGUUAUCUAAAAGCGCUUGGUAUGGCUCGCACGGCUGAAGUAAAACGCGAUGCACGCAUCGGCGAGGCUGAAGCCCAAGCCGAGGCCAGAAUCAAGGAAGCCAUGGCCGAGGAGCAGAGGAUGGCCUCCAGGUACCUCAACGACACCGAAAUCGCCAAGGCGCAACGACACUUCGAACUAAAAAAGGCUGCUUAUGAUGUUGAAGUACAGACGAAAAAGGCCGAAGCAGAGAUGGCAUACGAGUUGCAAGCAGCCAAGACGAAACAGCGCAUCAAGGAAGAGCAGAUGCAAAUCGCCGUGGUGGAGCGUACGCAGGAAAUUGAGGUGCAGAAGUGGGAGGUGCAACGGAGAGAGAAGGAGUUAGACGCCACUGUUAGAAGGCCUGCAGAAGCACAAAAAUACAAGCUGGAGAAGCUGGCUGAAGCACACAGAAUGAAGACCGUCAUGGAAGCAGAGGCCGAGGCUGAGGCGAUCAGAGUACGCGGAGAGGCGGAGGCGUACGCAAUCAAGGCUAAGGCAGCAGCUGACGCAGAGCAGAUGGCCCAGAAGGCAGACGCCUGGAAGGAGUAUGGACCGGCUGCCAUGGUCGAUAUGAUGCUCGAUACUUUGCCUAAGGUGGCAGCAGAGGUAGCCGCGCCAUUGUCACAAGUCAAUAAAGUGACAAUGGUGUCUUGCGGCGGUAGCGAAGUGGGCGCUGCCAAACUCACUGGAGAGGUGCUUAACAUCGUGCAGUGCAUUCCGACCCUUGUCAAGGGGGUCACUGGAGUUGACGUUACCAAGGCUGUAUCCGAAGUUACACCCCCGGUGGCGGUACGCACCGACUCCGCAAGGAAAGUGCGAUAACUGCUCAAGAACUCAACUAGCGCUCGUCGAGGGUGGGGUUUUGCAUAAUGCAAUACUGCGUCCAACGAUAGACGACAAGAUAAAUUUUCCAUAAUAAGACCUAUAACUACCGUCACUAACAAAACUACUUCUUUACUAACAUUUAGCAGUGCCACUUUUGGGAAAUUU